UUCGGGGUUACACGUGAAAAGUUAAAUGAAUACAGAAUUUUGUUUAGUUUAUGUUUGGUGACAAAAAGAUGACAGAGAUUAAACGUUCUAUGAAAGUUGGUUCGCGAAAGAGUCAGCUUGCUUUAAUACAAACUGAAUUCAUAAUUGGGGAGGUGAAGAAACUUUUUCCGGAAUACAAUUUUGAAAUUGUUACAAUGGAUACAUUGGGUGAUAAAGUACUGGACAAAGCCUUGCCGAAGAUUGGUGAAAAAGCAUUGUUUACCAAAGAACUUGAAGAUGCUUUACUUGAUGGAAGGGUUGACUUUGUUGUCCAUUCUUUAAAAGAUCUUCCAACAGAACUUCCAAAUGGCUUAGGAAUUGGAACUAUUUUCUGUCGUGAUAACAAAUAUGAUGCAGUAAUUCUCCACCCAAAACAUCAUGGACAAACUCUUGCCACUCUGCCUCCUGGAAGUGUUAUAGGCACGAGCUCUCUGCGAAGAAUUGCUCAGCUUAUAAGACGAUAUCCUCAUCUGAUAUUCGAAAAUGUUAGAGGUAAUCUAAAUACUAGAUUACGAAAACUUGAUGAGGAUGAUAAAUACGAUGCCUUAGUUCUGGCUGUUGCUGGUAUUCACAGAAUGAAUUGGCAUGAGAGAAUAAGUCAGAUACUGACACCACCUGAUUGUUUGUAUGCUGUUGGACAGGGUGCCUUGGGUGUGGAAGUAAGAAACAAUGAUAAAGAAACUCUAGGCGUGUUGUCGAAGAUAAUUGAUUUAGAGACAUUUAUAUGUUGUGCGGCAGAAAGAGCAUAUUUACGUCGUUUGGGUGGAGGGUGCAGUGCUCCGGUUGGUAUUUCAAGCAGUUGGAAGGAUAAAGAAUUAAAACUUGAAGGCGCGGUGCUCAGUCUUGAUGGGGAACAAUGUAUAUCUGGUGAAGUCUGUCAUACAGUUGAACGGGAUACAAAUCAAAAUGAUCCCACGGAAUUCUUGUCAAAUAUUUCAACAACAUGUCUCAUAAUUCCGGAAUAUUUGAAAGAAGUCCUACAAAGUUCAGAAAACUGCGGUAUCCAACUCGCGGAUAAACUGUUGGGUGAAGGAGCAGGUGAGGUAAUGAAGAAAGCUAAAGAUAUGAUUGAAAAGUCUUGAAUAUAAAUCUACAAUCUGAAUUGGAAACUGGGCAGGCGAAGACACAAAGGCAUUUUCUUUUUUGAUUUUGUCUGUUUAUAAAAUGCGGAAAAACAAACGCUUGUUUGGCAAGGCGAACCGGUAGUAUAGGCGCCAGAUGUCCAAAGCCUCAUGCCGCGGAACUUUGGACAAUUUCUAGAAAAAAAUGGCAUUCCUAAAAAAUAUGUGAUCGUAAUAAGCUAGCUGUUAAAGAGCGCGGUUCACUGCAUUAUUUGUUCAUUGCAUAUUGUUAUAUACAUACAUAUUCUUAAUAGAAAAAACCACAUUCACCAUAGGAACCAAAUUACUUUUAAUAUUGAAAUGUAAUUUACUCGAUAUUUUAAUUAAAUAAU